AUGGAAUACAUAGGAAACAUAUAUGAUAAAGUGCUAUCUGGCUAUGUAUCUGCUCAUGUGUUAAAAUAUAAAUCAUGGGAAGAAAAAUUAAUAGGGAAAGAAGCAUGCAAAAAUGAUAGUGAUUAUAUAAAGCAAAAUUUAGAAGAGAUAUUAGGGACGUUUGUAAAAAAUGGAAAAUUUUCACACUCAUUAUGGGAACAGCAUAAAAUGUUCAUAGGAGAUGAGGGUAUAUAUCUUUUAGGAGAAAUUAUAACUAUUUGUCAAAUUGUGCAAUUUGUAGAUUCCGAUGAUAUUGAAAAUGUUAAAAGUAAUGACGAAUUUAAAACAAAUUUAAUAGAUGAAUUAAAAAAAAGAUUAAUUAUAAAAAAAAAAACUGAAAUAUUAGAAAAAAAAAUAAUUUCUAAUAUAUCAAUGUGCAAUGGUGAUAAUAAUUUUUAUAAUAAUUAUUAUGAUGAUGAUAUUGAUGAGGAUGAAGGUGAUAAUAAUAGUGAUUAUGAAAAUGAUAAAAAUAAUAUUGAUUCCAUUGCAUCUGUUUCAAAUAGCACUAAACAUGAUAGCAAUGGAUUAGAUUCCAAUAAUAAUAAUACAAAAUUAAAUGAUAAAAAUGCGGUAUCAAAUUUUGUAGAAAUGUUAUGCGCAGGAAAAGCUAAUAAAUAUGGAUUUUGUGAAUAUGAUCAUAAAUUUAAUGAUAAAUAUAAUUUAAAAAAUAUAAAAAAUGAAUGUAAAUCUUCUAAAUCAAUCGAACAUUCUAUUUUAUCAUUUUCAGAAGAUUAUGAUCAUAAAUAUGUAUGCCUAUUGCUUAAUAAUUCAGGGAUACAAGAAGUUAGAAUCUUAAGGUUUAGUAAAGAUUGCAUAAAUACAAAUAAAUUAUUAGAUACCUUAAAAGGAACAGUAACAUUUUUAAAUGAACUUCGACAUUUAUUUAAAUAUUUUAGAUCACAAAUUUUUUUUAAAGAUAAAAUUUAUGGAGAAUUUUGUGCAUAUAUUAAAUUUCAUAAAAAUGAUCCAAAUUUUAGUGGCACAAAAGCAUUAAAUGAAUUUUUUAAUUCUUUAAAUGAUAAUGCUAUUAAAUAUUUAUUUUUUGGAUUAAAUGAAGAUAACUUAAAUUUAUUAGAAGAAGCUAUUUCUUACUGUCCUAUUGCUACUUUUUCUUUUUUUAAAAAUAUUAAGCUUCUUAAAAAUAUGAAUGUUAAUUCAGUUCGUCGUACUUGGAAAGCAGUUUGUAGCUUACAAAAAUUAUAUAAAAAUUACAAAAAAAUGCAAGAACAAAAUUUUUUAGAUGAUAUUAAAUAUAAUAGUGAUGAAUAUAAUACAACAAGUAUACAUCAAAAUAUAUCUAACAAUGGACGUAUUUCUUUAUCUCAACCGCCAGGUAAUAGAAUCUAUUAUAAUCUAAAUGAAUCUAUUUAUAUAGAUGCAUUGAAAGAUAAAAUACAUUCUCUUCUUCAUGCGGCCUCUUCCUCUACUUCUAACAUAUUUACUAAUUCAAACAUAAUAUAUACUAGUACUGAAUAUAUAACUAACCCCAUCUCUCUUGUAAAAUGUGACUACAUUUCUAAAGACGCUUUCAUUAGAAUUAUUAACACCUAUAGUAGUAUUUAUGUUAAUUGUAAAAAUUACAAUUUCGAUAUUCUUGUAGGCAAUAGUAAAGAAAAUAAAAACGAAUUGUUCUCUGACUACAGCAAUAAUAAUAUAGAAUAUAAUGAAAAGCCAUUUUCUGGUUCAAAUAAUUGUAACAAUAAUAUGCAAAGUAUAUAUAAUAAUAGUAAUAACAAUAAUAAUAAUAAUAAUAAUAAUAAUAAUAACAUGUCCUUAGAUUUAUAUAAUGACGAAAAAUCAUGUAAAAAAAAUGAUAUAAAUAAAUUAAAUGGUACAUGUUUGUAUGUUGUUUCAGAUGAAGGUAACUUUGAAAUGGAAAAAAAAAAUUUACGAAUGACCAAUAACAUGUUAGAAACAAAUAAUUCAAUAGAAGAUAAUAAUAAAACAUUAUUAGAAGGAUCCGAUAAAUUAUUAACUGAAAGCACAUAUAAACCAUCUCAUGAAAAUAAAAUAACAAGAGAUAAUUCAAUGGACGAUUUAAGAAUCAAUAUGGUUAAGCUUUUUAAAACAUAUGGUGGUCAAUGCCGUAUUGGAAAAGUGCAAGGUAGAUGUGAAGAUGCAACUUUUCAAACAGAUACACCACCAGCAUUUGGAAUUUUUGAUGGAGUAGGUUCAUGGAGUUUAGAAGGCAUAGAUGCGUCGAAAUUUUCUAUUGGCUUAUCAUUAGCAUGCCAACGUGAAGCUGAAAAAAUGUCAAAAAAUAUUAAUGGAUAUGAAAAUGUAUCAUAUAAUACUAUUAUUAGAUCGAAAUUAUUAUUAAAAAAUUCUUUAGAAAGCGUGAAAAAAGAAUAUGCAGAUGCAUAUGGUAGUUCAACUGCUAUUGUUGGUAUUUUAGAUGAAUACACAGGAAAAUGUGGAAUAUCAUCAUUAGGUGAUAGUGUAUGUAUGAUUCUAAGAAGAGAAUUUCUACCAGGAGAUAUUAAUUUUGAAAGAGAAACAUAUCCUAAAUUUCCUGUUGAAUCUUUUUUAUAUGUAAAUAGUAAAGGACGAAACCCUUCAAUUAUUAGAAAAAUUAUAUGGAAAACUACUGAUCAAAAAUGGGAAAAUGGAGCACCAUAUCAAUUAUCUAAUUUACCAGAUCGUAGUCAAUGGAAAGAUUUAGAAGCAAGAGGAUUACAUAGUUUUGUAAAAAUUCUAGAAAGAGUAGAUAUAGAAGGAGAUUCACCAGAUAUGGCAAUAUCACCUCCUUCAGAAAUUUUAUGUAUGCCUGGAGAUUUAAUAUUAUUAAUGAGUGAUGGUGUUUGUGAUAAUUUAUUUGAUGAAGAAAUCGAAGCUUAUUGUACAUUAGCUAUAAGCCCUGAAGAAGCAUGUGAAUUAGGAGAUCCUAGUGCAUAUACAUCAGCACAAGAUAUUGCAUAUUCAAUUACAAAUAUAGCAAAAAGACGAAGUGGUGAUAAAUUACAUUCUAAACCAUUUUUACCAUAUCCAGGAAAAUAUAGAGAACCAAAUAAAAUAUAUAAAGGAAAUAAAGUGGAUGAUAUUUCAUGUGUAGCUAUAUGGGUUGUUUGUGAAAAUGAAGAUAGUGUAAAAUAUAUAGCUAUGAAUCCAAAUGAACCAUCUAUAUUAGAAACGGAUAAAUAUUAUUCAAAUAACUAUUUACAUCAUUUUAAUAAAUUAACAGAUAUGUGUACACCUACUAAAUCAUUUAUUAAAGAAAAAAAUAGAAUCGAACGUGUUAAUUUAAAACAUAUAAAUACAAAAAAAGGAGAAACACAAUCUACAUUUUCUAACUCAAAUAGUACUAAUAUGGUGAAUCCAUUUAAUGCCAGUUUCUUUGAUUCAUCAGAAACUCCAAUCAAAUUUAAUGAUGAACCCAAAAAUAAAAAUUAUGAAGAUUUAAGUGAUAUGGUUUUAAGAGAUGCUGAUGACGAAGAAAUGGAAGAAAACUACCCUGAUAGUAAUGACAUAGAAUUUGAGCAAAUUCAAAGCUUUAAUAAAAAAGAUUCAAAAAAAAAACAAACAUUAUUACCAUCCCAAGAAGGCGAAGAAGAACAACAACAAUUAUUAGAAAAUGAUCCUCUUUACUCAAACACCUCAAUGGAUGAUAUGAUUAUGAAAACACCAAAUAACAAUAUGUUAAAAGAAAAAUAUAAAGAUCAAAUUUUUAAUCAAGAUGAUGAUUUUGAUCACACACCUAAACAAAGAAUGUUAGAACAAAAUAUAGAUGAACAUAUAGAUAUAAUAAAUAAUAUAUAUAUAAAAACUCCUUUAUUACAUGUUGAUAAAACUAAUAAAGAUAAUUCUAAAAAAAAUAAAUCACCAAAUAAAUGUAAAAUUAAAAAUAAAAUAAUUGAAAAAAAAAUGAUGCCAUUAAUGUGUCAUGAAACUCCAAAAAAACAAAUUCAAAAAAAUGAUGAAAAAGAAAAUAAAUCAACAAUAGAUGAAAAUUAUUAUUAUGAUGAUGAAAAUGAUGAUCUUAUUAAUAAAGAAAAUGAAAAUAUUGUUACUAAUUUUGAAGAUAGUGAAACACAGAUUAAAACUCAAAAUUCUAAAAAUUCAAUGCUCAAAAUUAAUAAAAAAAUAGCAAAUACAAAAAGAAAAUAUAAUUUUAGUCCAGGAAAGAUAGAAUCAGUUAGUAAAAUGAAUUUAUAUUCAAAGAGAUCCAAAAAAACAUAA